AUGCCAUCCCCCGUCACUCUGGAGGCCCCUAGGAUUUCUUGCCCGUUCUCAGAAGAGAUGCAGAAAAAGAGGAAUAGUGAGAAACAGGAGAUUUCCAGCAAAGACCAGGAGUCCAUUCGUGAAAUAGGCUCUUCUGUUCCAUGCCUGUCUCGGGAGGGCACGAAGAAAACUUUUGUUACAGAAGCAGGUUUUCAAAAACUUCAAAGAGGCCAGGAAUGUGUUCCAGGGAAAUCCCAGCAGUCUGCUGGCAUUUGUAGUGAUAAGAAAUGGGUAAAUCUGAAACGUGCUCGAAUCGCAGGUCAUAGCCAUGAAGGUCAGUCUACAGCUGUGAGCCCUGUACCUCAGCAGUUUUCUCUCAGUCCUACAAGCCACAGUUCCUCUGUUAAUCCUAAAACAGGAAAAAAUGUGAGGGAUUUGGCAGCAUCAAAUCUGUUUCUGCGAAGAGGAUGUGAUGAAAGAGCAGUGGAGGUCUGCAGUAGGGAUGUGUUAUUGAACCCACGCUUGAAUCCUGCUCCAGCACUGGUUCACCCAAAAUGCCCUUCAGUUUCUCAUCAGAAUCCUACACAUAGCCACAGCAAUUCUUCCUUUAUUACCUCAGGUCAAUCUCUCUCAAAGCGAGAUAGUUUACGAACUCAGGAUGAAACUUUGGUGUCUGAUCUCCAUCUCAGGGAUACUGUGGGUAUCAGCAGCUCCUUAGAUCUUGGGACAUCCCCACAACUAGCAAGAUGCAAAAACAUAAAGACAAACAGAGGUGAUGAAAGUUCAGUGGAUGAGACUAUUGAAGAUGUAAUUGUGAAAUACUGCCAUGAAACUACAUCUGAAGAAAUUUAUUUCAAAAAAGAGAAUAAUCCCAGCGUACCUUUUUCAUCACUUCUGGACCAUACUAAUUUAGAGGGCUCUGAAAUGAGUUUUGACUGUGAUGCACCAAUCCAGGUAGGAACAGAUUUACCCAAGGCAGCUAUAAAAGAUAUAGAAUUCCUGAAAGAGGUCCAAGUAUGUUUGCAAGAUAAGGACUAUGGAACACAGCUCUCUUCUGUUUUAAAAACUGAGUCAUUAGAGAAAAUAGAAGCAGUGAAAAAGGAUGUCGUAGUUCAUACCGAAGAACCAGUUCUUCCAGCCCUGCCUCACGUGCCUCCUUCUUUUGUGGGAAAAACUUGGUCUCAAAUAAUGUAUGAAGAUGAUAUAAAAAUUGAAGAACUUGUGCGUGAUUUCAGGGAAGGUCGUUUUCGCUGCUACUUUAACAGUGAAUCCUCAGCCAAUUGUACAGGGAAGAGAAUGAAGAAAAAAAAGCAGAAGGAUGAAAAAAAGAUCAAUAUUAUUGAGGGUAAUAGAACAGAAAAUGCACCAGUUAAGGCACUGCCAGAAUUUAAUGAUGCUUUAAGUGGUGGCUCUGAUUUUGAUAACCCGUCUUUGGCCUCAGAUACACUAUGCAACCCACAAAUUGUAAAAAUGCCUAGGAAAAGGACAUGGCGCCUGGCUUCAAGGUGUCAGGUGGUUAAAGUCAGCCAUGGCACCCAAACAAGUCUGCUGAACUACCCUGUGGCAAAAAGGAAAAUGUCUAGAAGGGAAUCUGAUCCAGCUGAUCAGAAAGCAAGCGUUGCAUGUCUGGAGAAUGAAAAAACUCCAAACAUGAAAACUAGACUAUGUGCCCUUAAACUUCCAGAGUCCUAUAGCAAGAUCAUGAGUCCUGUACAGCCCAAGACAGUGGUGUAUGUACUCUCGUGCCCAGAAGUAAAACAGUGCAAAGGUAAACCUAUAGAUAUUCCCAAAAUGAGGAAGAAUCAUCACUCCACAGAUAGCAAGGACUCUGUAAGAUAUAAAUACAAACAGUGUUCUCUCAAAUAUUAUGACCCACUGACAAAUCGAAUUCUGAAAACGCCUCCUAAGAGUACAGUUGGAGAAAAGGCCAAAAAGCCCUCUCAUGUUCGCCAGCUUUUCAGAAGUCUCAGCUUUGAUACAAACAUGAAGAAACUAGCUGAUACACAGAGAGAAAGCACACCAUCAAAGUCACUCAAUUGGUCAGACUUCUGUAGUUCUUCUUCAGCAUCUUUCCUACCAGAUCGAGAUAAAAGGAAUGAGACAGCCUCAAGUCAAAAGGCAGAUGGACCAUCUGUUGCCACAGAAAAAACAGAUUGUCUUGUAUCUGAGAACUCUUUUAAACACCUAAUCAUUUCACCUUUGAACUCUGUGAUAGAAGGAGAUUAUAGAUUAAUCCCAUUUAAUAGAAUUACCAAAACUCCUCUGACCUCCAUCAGGAGUGAGUGGUCAGAGAGGGAGACUCCAAAAGCAAUAUGGAAGAGAAAAGAAGGCACUAACAAAGAACCAGUUUUUUCCAGAAAGGCUGCAGGAUCUAAGUCUGUCAGAUGUACUCUUGAGAGGAGAGGAAACAGAGUAACCACAGGCAAACAAACGUCCAGAACUAAAAAACAGCAGAAAGAGGGGAUGAGAAGACAACUUCAGCCUUGUGCCCAGAAAUCUGCUUUCUCCAUCCAUAGGUACCAGACAAGGAAAACUACAGUGGGAAAGCACCCUAAGAAAGAAAAGCCUGAUGCUAAAAAAUUAAAGCCAGCACCUGGAAGAAGGAAGGAGGAAAAAAGAAGGCCAUAGACAAUGCAGUUGAAAUGCUAGAGCUCCAGAAAUUGCAGAGCCAGUCUAAUGUGAAAUAAAUACAACUGUAAACUCAGCUCUUGUUCCUGGA